AUGAAAACGGCGAAUAUUAUUAUCAUUCUAUUCAUAACAUCUAUUUACAUAGAGGUUGGUUUUACACUUGCGGUUUUUAAAAUGACAUAAUCAUGAACUCUUUUUACAGCCUGUUUUUACACGCGAUUGGAUCGAAGUUCUUAAUAAUCAGUAUUGCGGGGGUCUUGUUUAUCGUCAACAACCACAAUGUCCAUCACUUGAUAGCGAUUGCUCAACUGAUUUUGCUGACGGAAGGUGUAUUGGAUUGGAUUUAGAUGUAGUCGACGCAUGGGUGUGUGAAUUACUAUAAUUUUUCGGGGUCCUACGAAGAAAACAAGCCAUCUGCCAUACAGUAAUCACAGGCAAUUACAGAUCAGCUUAUUAUUAGUCUAUUAUUGACUUAUUUUGAAUUUUGGCUUAUUAUAGGCUAAUACGGUACAUAUUAUUUGUCAAAAAUCAAUGCAAUUUUCUAAAUCUAGCCGAAAAUUAGCAAAAGCUGCUUUAUGAUCAAUUUGAAAGUGAGAAAUAAGAAAUUACAUUCAUCUAACAAUCCUAGACUUCCCCAAUCUUCAGAUUCAUUUUUGACUAAUAACAAACUAAUUAGUAAUUAUUAGUAACUUAUUAGUCAAAAAUGAGUCUGAAUUUUAGAGAUCUCUGGACGGCUGAUUGAACUCUAGAAUUGUUAGAUGAAUGGAAUUUCUUAUUUCUCACUUUCAAAUUGAUCAUAAAGCAGCUUUUGCUAAUUUUCGGCUAGAUUUAGAAAAUUGCAUCGAUUUUUGACUAAUAAUAUGUACCGUAUUAGCCUAUAAUAAGCCAAAAUUCGAAAUAAUUCAAUAAUAGACUAAUAAUAAGCUGCACUCAGGGACUUGUGGGCCAGGAUUGGGCGAAGAGCGAGCAUUGUGCGGUUCGCCCUGUCUUGGCCCAAUUUUUUCGCCAUACGCUCAGCCCUCGAUCAAUCCAGUUAUUUGAGCGAUUUCUUCGCGCUCCGCCUAAAUUCAUUUUUUUUCGCAAUCAAAUCAAAUUUGACUGGGCCAGGAUUGGGCGACGCGCAAUUUCAUUCCGCCGGAGGUUGAGCGGGUCGCAGAAUAAAAAUUGAGCCGAAAUGAGACACCGCGGCAAGUAAGCGGCGGUCUGGCUCAAAAAAUAGCUGGGCGAGUCGCCCAAUCCUGGCCCAUGAGUCCCUGAGUAUAGAUAGUAGAUAGUCAGAAUAAGCAUGAAAAAUGACCCCUAAGAAAUUUUCACACAUUUUACAUCAUUUUGGCGCCAAAUUUGACAAAAACUAAAAUUGUACCUCAUUGCACGGUACUGUAUGUCUUUGGACAAUUUUUAUUCAAAAAAAACGUCAAAAAAUGUUUUCCAGGUAGCAUGGUUAGAUGGAUUAUACCGAGAAGAUUUUAGGCGUUGCUGUCCCGACCCAGACAGAUCCGAAGACUUUGAAUCAGAUCAAAAAUGUAAUGAAUCAAUUGGACUCAAAAAUGGAGAUUAUACAUAUUGUAAAAAAGGACAUAUUUUUGUUGUUGGCAAAAAGAAUCGGAUAAACAAUGAGGAAAGUAAAGAACAUUGUAUUGUCAAUAAAAAUUGUACUGGUGGAAAGUAUUGUGUUGGUCAACCGAUUGUACGAAGAAAAUGUUAUGUUAUUGUUGGAUCGGAAGAAAAAAAAGAAAAAGAAAAAAAGAAAACAAUAUAUGUUGAAGAAAGCGAUAAUACUUUGAUGAUUGUAAUUAUAAUUAUAUCAAUUGUAGUUUUAAUUGUUAUUGGGAUUGGUGUUAGAUUUUAUUUUUGGCCAAGAAUGGGAAAAGCAAAAAAUGGUCAAGAUCAUUUGGUUGAAAAUGGUCAAAAUAAGAAAAAACCUAGAAAGAAAAAUAUGAAGAAAAGAAAAAAUGGUCAAAAUCAUUCGGUUGAAAAUGGACAUAAUAAGAAGAUGGAAAAGGCUGGCAAACAAAAUAUGAAGAAAGGAAAAAAAGUCAUAAUUGUUUAA